AUGCCGUCCCUCCUAAGAGCUUUCCAACUAGGCUGCGAGAGUUACAUCUCCUCAGCAUCAUUUCGAAAGCCUACUGUCUUGCUGGCUUCUCCCUCAUUUGGAAGGUGGAAUCAUGGCCACAUGACAAUGCGUUAUCGUACUGGCCACACAGCCGGUAUGCCACAGGAUGAAGACGGCCCCUUCGCUCCGGAGGAGAGAGAAAAAAUACGGAGGCUUCUACAGCAAGGUUAUGGGCUUUCUGAUGUCUUUCGCUUGGAGGAUCAUAUCUCGCGGCGCUCCCGAAUGGUAUUUGAUGCUAUGGUGGAAGAAGAUAAGGAGCUGGCGAGCCUGGUGCGGAAGCGGAAACGUGGGAAAUGGUCGGAUGAAGAGAAGGAGCACCUAAUCAAACUCACCAAUAAUCGCCGAAGAAUUGACAUCGAAUCCAUCGCACGCCAAAUCGGUCGAGGACCAGGAGCCAUUAGAUACCAGUUACGGUUGAUGGCAAAGGAAAAGAGUGCGGAACUGGGAAAUGACACCGUUUAUUUGUCGGCAGCGCUUUUGGACAAAGCUCUCGGAAAGGAAAAGCAAUCCAUCCUCGAGGCACGAAUGUGCCAAAUCAUCGACCGACUGCUGGAGGAGGGCGACGCUACAACCCAAUGGAGAACCAUCUUAAGCGCCAAAUCGGCAGAAGCUUGGGUGGCAACCAUUCUCGCGUUAAUUCCGACACCGGUGAAGCACAUCUUGGCCGCCCCCAGGCCGCCCACAGCUGCAGAUUGGAGGAGCUUGGCUUGGCAGGAUACCAGCUUGUUCGGGGUCUAUGCGUGGGUUCUCAAGCGUGGCCGGGGCUCCGGCCUUAACCCACUUCGAGUAGAGGACUACGUCUACAUAGGUUCAGCCACCAAGUAUGCCCAUGGAUUGUCUGGGAGAGCGCUUCAGCAUCGUGAGGGACGUUAUUGGGAGAGCGGCCCUCGUCUCAGUGACCGGAUCAAACAACGUGGCUUAAGCCGUAUCACUGGACAUUUUGCUACUCUCCUUGUAAUGGAGCCGGCGUCUUCCAAAAUUGAGGAUAUAAUCAAAGCACAAGAGCUCGUGGUAUUUACCGAGGCAAUCUUUACUAUCUGGUUUGGGGCGCUCACAGAGACCGAGUCGGCUGGCGUGACUGACCGCGCGGGGCAACACCGUCGUCUCCACUCCCUGUCUCCCUGGGUUCACACGCAGCGGUUCAAUUACAGGGGACUGUGUUCUCACAACCCUUUACGUCUUGAUUUGGAGCCCCGGGGAGGAACCUGCUCAUCUUGCCCUAUGGAAAAUACUGAACCGCGUCAAUCCGGGCCAGUGGCGGACAACAGAGCAACGGAGGGUUGA